AUGCGGGCACUGAUGGCGACAGAGGGCAUGACUGAGGCGCUGAGGUCGAUGCAGACUAUGGUCGGGGACGACGGGCUGGGCAAUCCGCUGGCCUUUGAUGGUCGCCUCUUUGCCUCGUAUCUGGAUCUUGUUGAGCUCGUCGAGCAGGCGGCCGCAGGCCGAGGCAGUGGCAGUGGGUCAUGCGUGGCGCCUGCAGCCUUUAAGCACGUGAUGGAUGGUCUUGCGCCAUCGUUCAAGGGCCAUGCCCAGCAUGAUGCCCACGAGCUGUGGUCGUUUCUGCUCGAUGGCCUGCACGAGGAGACGAACGUGGCGAGGGCGCAGAGGGCCGAGACCGAGGGCGAGGAGGAGCCGGAGGACGAUGGCCAGAGGACUGGCCGAGUCACCACUAUGGUGGAGCAUCGGGCCAAAGAAGCGUCAGAUGCCGAGGCAGCAGCGGCGUGGCGGCGGUAUGUGGCGAGCAAUGCGUCGCCGGUGACGGGCAUGUUUGCCGGCCUCUUACGGUCGCUUGUGCUGUGCGACAGCUGCGGGCUCGGCUCGACGACCUUUGAUCCGUUCACUUCGCUGGCGCUGCCGGUUCCACCGGAUCCGCCGGCGACAGUCAAGGUGACGGUGGUGCCUGCGGUGGCGGACGGGCGGUUUGUGCAGUACACAGUUGACGCUGAGACGUACGAGGACGUCGAGGAGAUCAGCGAGGCAGUGAGCGAGCUGGUUGGCAUUUCCAGUGACGCGCUGCUUCCGGUCAUCAUUGUUGGCUCAGGCUUUGGUGAGUAUGUGCCGGAGAGCCGCGAGUCGGACGAGCUGGCGUAUGGUGACGGCAGCCUGUAUCUGUACCAGGUCGCGCCGCCGGACGAGCUGGCGUCCGGGGCAGUCAUCCGGCUCCCAGUCUGCCACCGAGCCAAUUUUGCGGUCGAGACCGAGGUUUACGAUGCCGCCACCGAGGGCUACGUGGUGCGCCGGGUGGUGCGGCAAGAGUACUUGGGACUUCCGCUCAUGCUCUCAACGCCGCCGGUUGUCAAGUACUCGGAGCUCAAAAAGCAGAUCCUCAGCGCAAUGGCGCACUACGUGUCGGUGCCGGACACGGUCUCGCUGAACAAUAGCGAGGCGGAUGCCGACGCAGUGGCAGGCUUUCGCGCUUGGUUUCAUGAGUACAUGAUGUUGCUCGCGGCGGCGGCCGAGGCCGCGCAGGCUGACUCGGACUUUGACUCGGACUACGACGAGCUCGACGCCGGCUACUUUCCGCAGGUCGAGCCAGGCCUGCCGCUCUCGCUGGCAGCAGCGCGGGGCGAGCUCUUUACGCUCAUGGCCGACGGCAUCGAUCAGUCCGCAGUCGAUGCCGGCAUCGACCAGGACCUUGUGCUCUCGCCGGACACAUACGUAGUGGUCGAGUGGAACGAGCAGGUCGUGUGGGAGGCGUACUCGCUCUCGCGACUCGCCGACUGCGAGUACGAUGAGACGUCACUGGCCGGCAGCCAGCGCGGCGCGCUCGCACCAACGCUCGACAACGCAGUCGCGGCCUUUGCCGCACCACAGGUGGUGUCCGGCGACGGCGGAUGGCGGUGCCCGGCAUGCGAGGCCGGUGGCCGGGCGACGCAGAUGCUCUCGAUCGAGCUGCCGCCGCCGAUGCUUGUGGUCCAUCUCAAGCGGUUUGUGCAGGACGAAGCGAGCGGGCGGCUGGCCAAGAAGCACGCGUUUGUCGAUGCACCUCUCGUCGGCUUCUCACUCCCAGUCACUGGCGGCGGCGCCUCCGCCGGCUACUCGCUCUACGCCGUCGUCAACCACUACGGCGGCCUUGGCGGCGGGCACUACACCGCGCAUGUUUGCGGCGAUAACGGGGUGUGGUGGACUUACAACGACUCGCGGGUGUCCGAGACGCAGGAAGCGAGUGUUGUCUCGUCGGCGGCAUAUCUGCUUCUUUAUCGGCGUAACGACCAAGGGCUGCUGCAAGCGUCCAGCUAG